AUGACGACGAUAGACUACAACAACACUACAGCUACCAAUACUAGUCAUGAUGCAGAGACGGACACCAUACGAGACUCCUUACACCCUUCGGAUCUCCAAGAACAAUUGUUGGCGUAUUCGCCAAUUCCAAGUGCCAUUCUGAGCGUGUUUGGGAGUUCCGUGAUCAUUUACAUGAUCUUCAAAGCCAAACAGCAGCGCAAACUGACUCCUUACUUGAGAUUGCUCCUUGCCAUGAGCGUCUACGAUAUACUGUACAGUCUCGUGUGGUGUGUGGCGGCCUUUUUGCGUCCACAAGAGACGAGUCCGCGCACACUCAGUUUUGGAAACAAGACUACUUGCAACGUUCUAGGCUUUGUGAACGAAUUGAGCCACGGGACGAUCAUUUAUCAAGGAAUGCUGGGAGUUUACUUUCUUUUAACGGCCCGAUAUGGCUUAUCCAAUUCUUGCAUCGCCAGAAGGAUCGAGCCUUGGAUGCACAUUAUUUCCAUUGGAUAUCCGCUAGUUUUUGCUAUUGCAGAGGCUCUCUUGAACGGGUAUGGGGAAGUCAUCAUGGGAAUUGGUUGCUGGGUUGUGGUGACCACUGAAAACUGUCAGGAAGAGUUUCUAUGUCCGGCUCGCGUCUUGCGGUAUCUUUCCUGUGCGGUUCCACUGGCAGUGGUGUCCAUUAGUUUGAUUGUGAACAACCGCAUCAUCUUUCUCUAUGCCCGCGCACAAAUCCGUCCACAAGUAGUGCCAGGUGCCACUUCCAGGAGUAUCACUCUUGGAACCAAAUCUACCGGUAGCAGCUCCCGUCUCUUUUCCACCACCGAUGAGAGCAAUAUGGAUAGUGAUGAUUAUGCUGCUGAUGAUGAUGAUGAUGAUGAUCACGAUGAUUCGUCUGUGAGUGCUAGUACUCCACAAGAAGCCAAAAAAUAUACCUUUAGCGGCAGAGAAUCUUGCACCAACGACUCUUCCACCAAUGACAUCAUGGCGGGAAGCGUUCAGUACGGUGAAACAACGACCAUCAACAAGGACCAAGCCCGGCGACUACGAUUAGUCAGUUCGCAGGCUGUCUUGUUUGUGGCAUGUUUUCUCAUCUCCAAUAUCUGGACUGUCUUUACGGGACUCUUGGAAGAUCAAGGUGACACACUUGAAGCGGAUUUGACCAUGUUGGUCCGAACCUUUCCCAUCUUUUUGUUGCAGUCCAUCUUUUCGCCACUUCAAGGAUUCUUGAACAUGAUGGUCUUUAUCCGACCAAAGUACCUCAAGUUUCGUCACCUCCACAAAGAAGAAAGUCGGCUCUGGGUGGUCCGACGCUCUGUCUUUGGAGAAGAAGUCAAGCCAACGGUUUCUCCCGCGCAGCAGCAUCAAAGUUCCAGGUCUGCCAAGCCGCCCCCCAAACAACAAGGCAAAGGGGAUAGCAACAACAAGAACAACAACAAGAAUAAGACCUCUUCCUCCUCCUCCUCUUCUCGACCAACCGGUAAACAAGCCAAAGCGGGUCAAGUCGCUCCAACCGAUCAAGUUGCACCACCAUCCACAACCCGCCUUCCCAAAGGCGUGGUGUCGGACUUGACUGCCAGUCGAGGGGACUUUGAUCAUGUCAUGCAAGAAGAAGAUGACGAACGAUGGGAAGACUUGGCUACCACCACCGCCACGAAUAACAAUGGCGGCAGUAGUCCUCGCACCACGGCUCCACCCAUGUUUUCACGCGCACGAUCGUCACUACUCUUGUGUACCUCCUCCGCACUCGAUAUCAUCAGUGAAAACCAAGAAUCCAUCUUUGAAGCCGUGCCAGUCAUGCCUGGUAGUGACGAUUUAGUCGAAGAUGAUUUCAAUCCUUCGUCCAUUCACAAACGCUGGAGUUCUGGUUCGGUGCAGCUAGCACCACCAUCAACAGAAGACUAUACAGCAUUCAAAAAGCCACAAGAAUCUGCACUCUGCAUGCCGGCACGAUUGGCAAGCUCGUUUGAUUCUUUUAUGGAGGAUUCCGAUUCCGAUUACUCCAUUGAAGAGGAAUCCUUGCCCUCCAUCUCUGCACCACCACCACCAAGGCCAGGUACUACUACUAUGAGUAGUACUAGUAGUACUACUAGUAAUCUGGAAAAGAGUCAACGCUCGUGCCAAAGUCGAGCAUCCUCCUCCUCUUCCGCUAGCAUUGAUACACCGAUGCGGCUGCCACAACGGCGGAUGAGUCCUCCUACUAUAGCAGUUUACGAUGUAUAG